ACAAAUACCAGGCUAUGGAAAUGAAAGCCACCACUUUAAGCAGCGUUGGUCCACUCGGAGGUGCCCGUGGUGCGAGUGCACGCGGUUUUGGCCCCUCAAUGGCGACAGUGUCCGGUCAGACGAGCAGUCUGCUCACCGUCUCUUCUUCGGCCUCCUCGCCAGCAUCCUCGGCCUCUUGUGCCGCCUGUCAGAAGCCCAUAAAAGAGCGGUACCUGCUGAAGGCGCUCGAUCAGCUGUGGCACGAGGACUGUCUCAAAUGUGCCUGUUGCGACUGUCGUCUGGGCGAGGUGGGCUCGACGCUCUUCACCAAGGCUAAUCUCAUUCUCUGUAAACGUGACUACUUGAGACUCUUCGGCACAACCGGAAUGUGCUCCGCUUGCAACAAGACAAUUCCCGCUUUUGAGAUGGCAAUGAAACUCAAUGGUGGCCGUGUGUAUCAUCUUGAGUGCUUUCAGUGCAGUCAGUGCAACCACAGAUUCUGCGUCGGCGAUCGCUUUCACUUGCACGAAAAUCGAAUACUCUGUGAGUACGAUUUUGAGGAGAUGACCGUUUAUGGCUCCAACAACAACAACAACAGUUCAGCAGCGACAUACAGCAAUCACAUUGAAAAGCUGAAGAAGCAAACCGAGUCACUUGCCUCCUCUUUGUCACCACCGCCGGUGGUCAAUGUCAACGACGAUGGCUCCUCUGGUUACGGGUCUCCUGACUCAAUGUCGCUCAGUGAUA